CCACCUCUCAUUCCGCCACCUACUUUUGCAGCACACCGCAUCGCGACCACAGCUCCGCCGUUCUUACUAUGAAUUUCGUUGACGAUGAUUUUGAACUGAAGGAGAUUCAGAGGCUGGAAGGCCACACCGAUAGGGUUUGGACCGUCGCUUGGAAACCACAUACCGGAAUCAAUGGUGUUCCAGCUGUACUCGCGUCCUGCACCGGCGAUAAAACCGUUCGAAUCUGGGAACAGGACUCCACCGGCUCUUUCCACUGUCAGGCUGUUUUGGAGGAAACACAUACACGGACUGUUAGAUCAUGUGAAUGGUCACCGUCAGGCAAACAUUUGGCAACAGCUAGCUUUGAUGCCACCACUGCUAUUUGGGAAAAUGUUGGGGUUGACUUUGAGUGUGUUUCCACUUUGGAGGGUCAUGACAAUGAAGUGAAAAGUGUUUCUUGGAAUAGUGACGACUCACUACUCGCGACGUGUGGACGAGAUAAGUCGGUUUGGAUAUGGGAAGUGUUGCCUGGAAAUGAAUUUGACUGUGUUUCAGUGUUACAAGGGCACACACAAGAUGUUAAGAUGGUUAAAUGGACUCCUAACAUGGAUAUGUUGUUAUCAUGUAGUUAUGAUAACACCAUUAAGGUAUGGAUAGAGAAUCGCGGUGAUGAUUGGCAUUGUAUUCAAACUUUGGGUGAAUCUAAUAGCGGACAUACAUCUACUGGGCCUGUAACAAGCAGUUCACCGGAGAGUGUUUUAGGCGGACAUACAUCUACUGUCUGGUCCGUCUCUUCCGAUGCUAGUGGACUAAAACUGGUUUCUUGCAGUGAUGACCUUACCAUUAAGGUAUGGAUAUUGAAUGAUGACGACAACAGGAUGAUAGAUUGGAAUAUAGAGCCAGCCUGGAAACAUGUUUGCACUCUAUCUGGAUAUCAUGAUAGGACAAUUUUCUCAGUUCACUGGUCGAGGGAAGGAAUAAUUGCUAGUGGAGCAGCAGAUGACGCUAUAUGUUUAUUUGUUGAGAAUAACGAAAACGAGGUUGAUGGACCUACAUUUAAACUACUUCUGAAGAAGGAGAAGGCUCAUGAAAUGGAUGUAAAUUCUGUGCAGUGGAACACUGGGGAUAGAAGGCUUCUUGCUUCUGGCAGUGAUGAUGGGACGGUGAAGAUAUGGGAGUUGGUUCGACGCUCCGGACAGAAGCUGCCGUCAACAUAGCUUCAUACCUGAUAUUAAGAAAGCGAUGCAUAUUUAUUUUUCGAUGAUGUUGAAAUAUAAUUCGCACUUAUUUUUAGCCUUUUGAACCUUUUUCUGCUACCCGAAAUUGUUCGAUUUAGGCUUCAGAGCUGGGGUGUGUAACUCUUCAGGUUAAUAGCCUAAUUAAUUAAUUUCUCCAACGGCUUGGCUCUUGCAGCAUUUUUGGUAAGAAAUUCAGAAAUAGCUAGAUUUACAAGUGGUAAUUGAAAAAUA